GGUUUCGUUCGUACCAGAAGAGGGAGGGGGGGUGUGUGACGAAUGACGCACUUCCGCUCCCACAAGGCGUUGCGCGGGGCCCGCAGGAGGCGGCGAGGCGACAUGGCGGACUUCCUUAAGGGUCUUCCCGUGUACGACGAGAACAACUUCAGCCGAUACCCCGCGGACUCGGUGUGCAAGGCCUCGAGUCGCAGGCCGCCCGUGUACCUGCCGACGCGCGAGUACCCCUCGGAGCAGGUCAUCAUCACAGAGAAGACGAACAUCCUCCUCCGCUAUCUUAACCAGCGGUUGGACAAGCGGAGCUCGGGCAAGAAGCGCGACCAAGGGCAGAUGGACGCGGAGGGCGAGGGCGCAGCACCGCCGCAGAAGAUGCCGCGGCACGACAGCGAAGACAUGAACGAGGACACUUAAGAAGAGCCGCCUCCCGCGGUGACGCUCGUCCGAUUCGGGGGUGGCUACUCGGUCGGCCGUGCGGCCGGUUUUGUCGGUGGUUCGCUCGCCCCACCCCCUUUGUUCACCGUCACCACCACCCCCCACCUCACCACCACCCCCGGCGAUCUCGCGUGUCCGGGCGGCGGGAGCGGAACCCGCUCCGAGGCUCAGCGGGGCCCACCCCCGCUGUGCUUUGGCCAGAACGAAUGCUCUCGUUCGCUCGUUGCGCCCGCAAGCACACACACACACGCUCGCCGACUCAAAUGCACGUACCCACGAUCGCUCGCCCACUUGCCUCUGCGUUACCCGCGCUGACGUGCGCACCUGUUCAUUCACUCACCCGUGUAUACUUGCAGUCGAAUGGAGAUUCGCCGUCCCACACCACGGACGCUCAAUCGCCCAUUGAACCACUGGUGUGGGGUCUUUGAUUCAUUCACUUGCCCACCAACCCACUCGCCCACUUACACGGGGUCAGUUGUCUCUUAGCAAUGGUAUCCCACUCGCUCCAACGCACCCACUUAACCAUCCCGUUCACUCAGUCACCCACUCACCCGCUUGCCAACAUGAGGGGUGGUUCUUGAUAAUGGUAACCCACUCACCCACCCACUCAUCCACCCACCCACCCGUCCACUCGAAUCACUCACCCACUCGACUCAAUCUUGGGUACAAAUGGAGCACAACUACAAUUGACGAUGGAAUUUUCCUAAAAAGAACACGCUCGCACUCAUCUCACAAACGACCCUUCUAACGACGUUUUGUUAUAUAUACGUGUAUAUUAUUUUUUUGUCGUUUUCGUCUUUUGUACGUCUGCCACCCGUCUGUCCGUACGUCUAUUUACUUUUUGUUUUUAGUUCGGCGCGUAACGCUUCCUGCGGACGUUUGCGUUUUGCGUUGUCUCGGACCUCGUGAUCUUUUUGUCAUCGUCCUCCCCUCCCCCCUCGUGCCCCCCCGUCCCCAAGUCUCCCCCCUCACCGAUGCUCCCAGUGAGCAGCACAGUGUUGCCCACAAGCCCCGUGGACGCGUCACUUUUAAAACGUCACCCGUGAACAUUUUUGCUUCGGCGUGUUUGACUCGGGGUCGGCACGCUGGGCCUGCGUGCGGUCUGUUGGUCACCGGGUUCGUUCUCCCACCGGUGCAAGUUCACGAAACGCCCCUCCUCCCCUGUGCCUCUGUCCAGCCAGCAGUUAUUACUCGAGAUCGCCACAGUUGGUCUGCAGGUCGUGUGCGGUGGGGGUAAAGUGUGGGUUACUCCCACCUCUUGGACGACGCGUGUGUUUGUUCAGCGUGUAAGAAGACCAAGGUGAAAACGACCACUCGAGUGGCUCUUUAGAGCUCAGUCUAGCGGGCGGGGUGGGUGCCCCUUUCCUCUGGCAGUGGUGAAAGAAAAUUACUGUUUCUCGCGCUCGCCACCGAGCAUCAGGGCCACGCGCACGUCUUGGCUGCCUGUCUCUCUGACGAUCACCCGACGUCGGUAGGUGCUGCAGGAGAUGCACUCGGGGUGUCGCAUUGCCUGUCAAGCAAGUUUAAAAGAGUUAAGAGAACGCUAUGGGGGACACCUGCCCCUGACUCGGUCACUCGCUCGCUCCUCUUUCAAACGAGGGGUGGUGGGGGGGGGGGGAGGUUGCUACCCGUAGGAAGUUUCUUUCGCACUAAAGCAGCUGCUGCUAGUAAAUAAAAGUAGGCCCCGUACCUUAACCCUGUCCCCUGCUAGCCCAAUUAAAUUGAUGCCAUUUGGUUUUGUAAUUCUGCCGUGUAAAUUUGCAAAUAGAAGCAUGCAAAUCAGUUUCAUUCCAUUUACUGUAGAUUUUCGCCCCCCCCAUGUGGAGCUGUCAACUAAUGCGCAGCUUGUUCGCCUGGUUUCCAACCACAACCGGAGCGCUUAGUACAGCGGGUUUGCUGUUUUGCAUCCUGUUAAAAUAAUUCUACCCCGAACGGACUGCGCGGCAAAGUAAUUAUUCCUCUUUGGGGUUCAUUUUAUUUAAGUCAUCGUGGGAGUGUCAAGUUGAACGUUCUCCCGCUAUAUUCAAACGGUAACAUUUCAUAAAAAACGACUAGCGGCAUCUCUCGGCGGCACUUGAAACGCAACUGGCAUGAAUGGUCCGACGUGCAGGGGAGGUGAGGGGGGGUCUUGGUUUGUUCUUGCAAUGAUGAUCCCUUUGCUAAUUUUGUGGGAUGUUUACCAAAAGUGAAACACUCCCGUGUGUGCGUGCGCCGAGUCAUUUCACGCGUUGCGUUGAUUAUCACCAAGAUCGCUAAGCCUCCUGCUAUGGGAAACAAAUCCUUGAAGCUAAAACCUGUCACUGCCUCAUCGUCAUGAUGUGGAGACCGGAUAGAAUUGUUUUUUUUUUGCGGAGGAGGAAAUGGGAUUUUUACUGCAACAGCUGGUCACCGUCAAGCUCAUCUUGUGGUUCCUCGUGCUUGUCUGAACACGUUAUAUAUGACGCCGAGAUCAAACGUAUCGAUUAAUUAUUUGUUGGGUGGGGGUAAAGGAUAGGGUGGUGAGAGUGGAUGAGAGUGUGCAAAUGAAAUGUUUUUUUUUUUAUUUGUGGUAUAAGCAGUGUACGGAAGGAUGGAGGGAUGUGUACCCUUCGUUUUGCUUAAGGUAUUUCUGCAGUGCCAAUGGCUCUACCCCGUGAUAACAAAGUUCACUGUGGAUUGACAAUUCACGUGUGACGUGCAUUUGGACCUCUCGAUGUCCGUUUUCCACCGACGCAUCCGAGCCAAGCCAGCCGAGCGUGAAUUGGUUUUUCCCCGCUGGCUGUUUUGCUGUGCCGCAAUCAAAUCACUGCACUGGCCUCGCAAGACAAGGGCCAGGCGUCAGGCUAAUGCGUCAAUUCGACUUAAACACAGGGUCACCGUGUCGCCCCCACGCAUGCCCCGCCUUGCUCGUUGCGUGCACCGUCGACACGGCAUCUCGUGCAGACGCGUUGCAUCGAGUUCCAUAACCUGGACAGCACCAGGGGACUGGUUUGGCAUGGCCCCAGCGCGGCUCGGUUUUUGCAGUAGAAAUUGGAUGUUAACGAGCGGUGACGUCGUUUGUAGGCCCGACAGUAGGGGACGACUCGACGGGCAGCGGCGAUUGCCACGUCUGCGUUUCUUGGGCGAUGUAAAAGUUGGACAUUUGUAUUGACUGGGUGACCGGUAGCGCGCAUUGCUCGUUGUUUUUAUCGUCUUUAAAGUUACAUGCUAAAAAAAAAAGGGCGAGGAAAAUUUUGGUUGCAGAAAAAAUCUCGAUUUUAUAUUCGGACUCGAUACCCUUGAGAACCUUUUGAGGAUUGUUUAAAAUACAAUUUUUUUUUUUAUAUAUACCUGGUCCAAAAUUUGAAGGGUCUUGAAUACAAAUAAUUUGGGUGUUCAGAUUUUUUUAAAAUGUCAUUUGUAUUUAGCACCCUUUAAAAACUCUGCGGGUACAACCGUUCACCGUCAUAGCUUCAAAAACUAAACUUCACAUUUUGACCCAAAAUUUGUUAGCCUGAAAUAAAAAAAAUGUUGGCUUUCGAAUUUUUAUUGGGUUGAGCGCAGACACGACUAUAUUUGUCAAAUGUUCACUUUCAAGCCCUAUGAAACAAUAAAAAUUUACUUGUGCCAGCCAGUCAGGAUUAUCGAUAGAUAUCUAUGAUGUGACAUGUACAAUGGACUACUGCUGUCCUCCCACCGGAUUAUUUGCCGAUUGCUCACUGUCUGUGCUAGAAGGUCGCCUAAUAUUUCGUAUUUAAAUUGUCCGCCGCUAAAUUCCUAGAAAAAGAAUCGUAUUUAACCUCGGUGUUUAUGAAAAAAAAAGAUGUUCUAAUUGGGUUCGCGGCCGAAUGAACAGAGGCACACAAAUUAAAACCAAAGCCAUCCCAGGGGUCUCGAUCCUCUUGGGUUGAGCCACCGCCGGCUGUUUCCUGAAGCUCCAAAGGUGGUGUCUGGCAGCAGAGGAAGAAGAAACUGUAGCCAGUACUCGACCGCACGCGUUUCCCCAACGCAAUUGCCUUCAGACGAUGGUAAACUCAUCACUUCCUCGUGCCCACUUGUGCAUUCUUUUGAGAAUUCAGCUGCUGUAGUUUUUUUUAUAUGUAAAUAAAAGUCUGGCCCAAUUCGAA